AUGAGUAGUAUGACUACAAUUUCGCAAGUGUUGGGGAAGUUUUGUAAGUUCAUAGGACCUGGUAUCAUGGUCAGUGUGGCUUACAUGGAUCCUGGGAAUUAUUCAACCAGUGUAUCGGGUGGAGCACAGUUCCGGUACGAAUUACUGUUCUCUAUCUUUAUUUCUAAUAUAUUUGCCGUGAUAUUGCAGUGUCUGUGCGUAAAACUAGGAUCUGUCACCGGCCUGGAUCUUGCAGAGAAUUGUCGCCGGUAUUUACCUCGGAAGUGGAACUUGAUCAUAUAUGUUUUCGCCGAAAUCGCGAUCAUCGCAACUGAUUUGGCAGAGGUGGUAGGGACUGCCAUCGCUUUACAAAUCUUGUUCCACAUUCCUGUCUUGUGGGGUGUGAUAUUGACCAUCUUAGAUGUUUUGAUCAUCUUGAUAUUCUACAGACCAGAGCAGCAUUCCAUGAAGCAAGUCCGCUUUUUUGAAAUGUUUGUCAGUUUCUUCGUUGCAGCCACUGUUGUGUGCUUCAUCCUGGAACUCUUCAAAAUCUCUAUUCCCGACAAACUGGAGCUGUUCAGGGGCUUUUUACCCUCAAAGGUCAUUUUCGAAGAAGAUCAAGCAAUGUACAUCUCUUUGGGAAUCUUAGGUGCUACAGUAAUGCCUCACUCUUUGUAUUUGGGCUCAUCUCUAGUUAAAUCGAGACUGCAUGAGUUCGAUUUAAAAAAAUUUGGCAAGCUUGGCUCAAGACCAUCGUUAAGUGCCAUUAAAUCUACGCUAAACUAUUCCUACGCAGAGCUGAUCAUUUCACUGUUUUUCAUUGCAACUUUCGUCAAUUCUGCAAUUCUCAUAGUCGCAGGAGCAACAUUAUUCGGCCAACCAGACGCAGAAGAUGCAGACUUGACAUCAAUCUAUGAACUGCUAUCACGUUACAUCUCUCCCGCUGCUGGCUUAAUAUUUGCUCUGGCAAUGCUGUUCUCUGGCCAGUCAGCUGGUAUCAUCUGUACUAUGGCAGGUCAGAUUGUCUCAGAAGGAUUCCUACAGUGGUCGUUUCAACCUUGGGUUACUAGACUGCUUACUCGUUUACUAGCAAUAAUUCCAUGUUUUUUGGUAACUUUGUUCAUGGGUGAGCGUGGGAUCGCCAAUAUUUUGAACCUAAGUCAGGUUGUGUUAUCAUUAAUUUUGCCAAUUGUAUCUUUGCCUCUAAUAUACUUCACAUCUAACAGCAAGAUAAUGACUGUUACCGAGACUUUUGAGCACAAUGAGCCUAUUGACGAGCCCACCGAGUCAACUGCGCUUAAUGAGCAGAACAAACAUAAGGUAAAUUACGCUAACAGCAGGUGGUUGACAGUAGCAUCUUACUUAGUGUGGGCCACCAUCGGUUCAUUAAACUGCUAUUUGGUUAUUUCGUUCCUCAUGGGUGCAGAUGUUCAUUUCUGA